AUGGGUCUCGUAGACAAGGAGGGCGUUCUGCAACAGCUCGCAGCAUCUAACACAUUCGAUACCGACUGGCCUACGCUGAGAAGCUAUUUCGAGUCUUCCCUCGAGGACGCCCUCAGAUUAUUCCUGGAUAAAGGUCCAACAAGACCAUACAGACCCCCCGGCGCAUCGCCACCAGAACCAGUAUCCCAAGGAUCUGUAACUAGAACCGAAACGUCCUCCCCCGCUUCCGAAAAUCCGAAACCCCCAUCCGACACUCUCCUCUUAUCCCCUUCACAGUCCACAUCAAUAAUCGAACCGGUGUAUGAGGAGAACCUGCAACCCAGCACACCGGGUGGUCUCGUAGUACCACCCUUUCCGCCAAUCGACCGAUCGCGCCGACGAGGGCCUUCGCCUCUCAUGGUUGUGAGGGCGAAUGGGAUACCGAGCCAGAGGAUAGCGGGCUCGGCUCUUGAGACACUGGAUGAUAGAAGCUGGGAAGAGGAGACGGCUAUUGGUGGUAGAAAGUUGGUGGGAUGGCUUGAUGAAGAGAAGGGCAAGAAAGAAGUAGACCGUAUGAGAGCGCUUCUUGGUGAGAUGGAAGAACCACCAUUCACGAUCCAGCGUCUGGCCGAAUUGUUUCUCCAUCCCACAUCUCAACAUUCAUCUCUAGGCAAAUUCAUUCGAGCUAUCGAGAAGUCCUUACUUGUCACUACUCCCUGGGAAGCUCCAUCUUACGACUAUGUUCCCCCAACCACCUUUCCGGAACAUGUUGGAGGGUCUUCCUCUUUAUCAUCAUAUUCCUCCCCGGUGUCAAACAGCUCGAGCAGCUUUGACGCAGACACCACUGUUCCUCCUGGCUCAACUACCCCGCUGUUCAGCCCUAUACCGUUCCUUGUCCGACCUUCGUUGGAUCCAGCCGCAGCUUCCACAAGCGAGAGCGGCCAAUUAGCGACAACCAGCAAUGAGUCCGCAGAAGGGCUCAUGUCGCCUCUCUUGAUCAGCGAGGAAAAGGCGAACUUUUCCGCUCGUAGUCCGACGCCAGAGCCCGAAGAGUCCAACGCAGAGGCGAUCCGAAAGUCGGAUGAAGCAGCUGAUCUGGACACGGAGAUGACCCCUCUCUCUCCUGAACCGGCCGACAUUCCCCGGCCCUCUGCCCCCGGCCCUCUCAACGACCCCACUUCGCCCACAGCGCCCUCUGUCGAUCCAGGAAUCACUUCCUACCUUGGCAGGGUGGACGAACUUGACACUGGGCCCAUACCUACAGAUUCUUUGGAAGAUGCUGGUGUCAAGCGGCGCGCGUCCAACGCCAGCUCGGUCAAGGCAAACCUCGAAGCAGAGCUCGACAGGGGCAAUAUGGUGGGAGGCCAAGGGGAGGGCGGAAAUCUGGCGCCGCAUGGGAUGAGCGAGAAGCCAGUGCCGCUGAGUAGUACCACCGUGGUGCCAGAAGAAGGGGCGGCGUCGGGGGGUGAAGGGAGGGCUAUCAAAGGUCUCAGAAGAAGUGAGAGCGAGAGGGAUUUACGGGAAAGGUUCGUAAGCGGUGGAGUGCAAGAGUCGGAAGGUGGUGAUGUGGACGGUGGUGCAAAGGAGGACGAUGGAGAGACGUCUGAGGCCAAAUAG